AUGAGCACUUUGGACAAAACUUUCGUCGACAACUCCUCCUGGAAACCAGACCUCUUCAAGGGUAAGGUCGUUUUCGUCACCGGUGGUGCCGGCACCAUCUGUAGGGUCCAGGUUGAGGCCCUUGUGCUUUUGGGUGCUAACGCUGCUAUCAUUGGUAGAAACCCAGAGAAGACCGCUAAGGCCGCUAAGGAGAUCCAGGACUUGAGACCAGGCGCUAAGGUCAUUGGUAUCGGUCAGGUGGACGUCAGAGAGGUUGAGCAGUUGGCUAACGCUGCCAAGAAGACCGUGGCCGAGUUGGGCAGAAUCGACUUUGUCAUUGCUGGUGCCGCUGGUAACUUCCUUUCCGACUUCAACCACUUGUCUGCCAACGCUUUCAAGUCUGUUGUGUCCAUUGACUUGUUGGGUUCCUUCAACACCGUCAAGGCCACUUUCAGCGAGCUCAAGAAGAACAAGGGUGCCAUUCUCUUUGUUUCCGCCACCUUGCACUACUACGGUGUGCCAUUCCAGACCCACGUUGGUGCCGCCAAGGCCGGUAUCGACGCCUUGUCCAACGCUUUGGCUGUUGAGCUCGGUCCUUUGGGCAUCAGAUCCAACUGUAUUGCUCCAGGUGCCAUUGCUGGUACUGAGGGUUUCGAGAGAUUGUCUCCAAGCGGUACCGAGGGCCUGGGCAAGGUUCCUUUGGCCAGAUGGGGUACCACCAGAGACAUUGCCGAGUCCACUGUCUUUUUGUUCUCUCCAGCUGCUUCUUACGUCACUGGUACCAUCCAAGUUGUGGACGGUGGCUACUGGCACCUUGGUAACUUUGCCGGUGAGUUCUACCCUAAGGUGAUCAAGAACCAGAACAGCAUCGACAACCCUAAGUUGUAA